AUGGCGACCGCAGAGAUUGUCGUCUGCGCGCUCUGCAACAACCCGCCGACGUCGCCAUGCCCCGACUGCCAGGAGCUGCUCUACUGCUCUGCCGCCUGCCAGGCCGACGAUGCGCUGGUGCACAGGCUCGUGUGCGCCGAGUUCUCGGCGCUGUCUCUGAAGAAACAGUCCGCGAUAGCAGACGACGGCGAUGACGGCGACGGCGAUAAUGGGGAACAGAACCACGUCCUGGGCGUGCUCUUUCCUGUGGGCGCCAACACCGCCACCGCCGCCACCACCUCCAGCAGCAGCGCCCCGACCCCGCCACCACCGCCCCCGCCAGCGCUCGUCCGCGUCCACAUCGGCGGGUUCACGGACCCAGACUCGGGCAUCUCGUUCCAGGAAGCCGAUGUCGCGCCCUUCUUUGCCGCUGCCAGCGGCCCGGAUGACACGGCCGCCGCCGCCGCAGUCCCGGAACCGCUGCACACAGAGCGCAACCGCGUGCGCAACCGCGACACGCGGAGCAUGCUGGAGGUGUGGCACGUCCCGGCGGCAUCCGGCAGCAGCAGCCGCCUCUCGCUGACCAAGAACGCGUGCAUCCCGUCUCUCGGCUCAGCUGGUACAGGCGACGCGGCAGGGAUGGCCGAAAGCAACGGGGCACAGCAGCAGCAACCCGGGCCCUUCUUCGAGUGGCGCGGCCCCGUGCUGGUACUAGCCAUGACACGGCCGACGGGGUUCAUGGUCGACCCCGGCGCGUACCGCGACUGCGCGCUGCAGGACUAUCGUGACGCCGUCGAUUUUGUGCUCGACUACGGGAAUGACUUGCAUGCUAGGCGCACGCAGGAGGUGCUGGCUACGUUGGGUGCUGGCGUGGGGGUGGGUGGUGAUGACCGCCGUGUCACGGAGCUGGAGGAGGCGGGGGAGGCGGAGGAGGCGGAGGAGGCGGAGGAGGCGGAGGAGGCGGAGGAGGCGGAGGAGGCGGAGGAGGCGGAGGAGGCGGCGAAGACGGUCGUGAUUGAGAUGCAGGGAAUAUCUCUCGAGACCUAG